CCUCAGAGGAAGAAGAUUAACAUGGUCUCUGUUAUUGUGUUGUGGUUAACAAACUGUUAAAAUGUACUUUUAGUAUAUAGAAAGAUGAAAUCUGGUCAUUAAAAUCAUUCCCAUCCUCAUAGACGGUAGUAAGGUUUGAAGCAAGCAGGAAUAUCUGGAGGAGUAUCAACUGAACUGAGAUCUGCUGCUGUGAAGAUGGUGUUUGUUAAAGAGGAGAGUGAGGAGGACAUGAGUGAACCAGAACCCUGGAGAAUAAAACACGAGGAACAAGGAGGCCUGAUGGAAGUGAAAGAUGAAAGGCAAGAUCUGAGUGAAGUGGAAGAGAAACCUCAGCAUCAGAAAGCUCAUGAUGUCACCACUGGAGAAAAAACAUUGAGUUGCUCUAAAACUGAAAACAAUUGCUCACAAAGCAGUAUUCAAAUAACAGAAGUCACAAGACCUUUCACCUGCUCUCAGUGUGGAAACACUUUCAAAUAUAAAGGAAGCCUUAAGAGGCACAUGUUAAUUCAUACUGGAAAAAGGCCUUUCAUCUGCUCCCAGUGUGGAAAGAGUUUUACACAAAAAGGACACUUUAAUGAGCAUGUGCGAAUUCACACUUCAGAAACGGCUUUCAUCUGCCCUCAGUGUGGAAACACUUUCACACGCAAAGGAAGCCUGAAGAGGCACAUAUCAAUUCAUACUGGAAAAAAUCCUUUCACAUGCUCGAAGUGUGGAAAACGUUUUACAUGUAAAGGUAAUCUUAAUUAUCAUUUAGAAACUCACACUGAAGAAAAGGCUUUCACCUGCCAUCAGUGUGGAAAGACUUUCAGGUGCAAAGAAACCCUUGAGAAUCACAAGUUAAUUCAUGCUGGAAUAAAGCCUUUUACCUGCACUCAGUGUGGAAAGACUUUCAGAUGUAAAGAAACUCUUGAGAAUCACAUUUUAGUCCAUGCUGGAAUAAAGCCUUUCACCUGCUCUCAGUGUGGAAACAGUUUCAAACUUAAAGGAAGCCUUAAGAGUCACAUGUUAAUUCAUUCUGGAACAAGGCCUUUCAGCUGCUCCCAGUGUGGAAACCGUUUCAAACAUAAAGGAAGCCUUAAGGUUCACAUGUUAAUUCAUAUUGGAAAAAGGCCUUUCAUCUGCUCCCAUUGUGGAAAACGUUUUACACAGAGAGGGCAACUUAAUGAGCAUGUGCGAAUUCACGCUUCAGAAAAGCCUUUUAGCUGCUCUCAGUGUGGAAACACUUUCUCACGUAAAAGAAGCUUGAAGAAGCACAUGUCAGUUCAUACUGGAAUAAAACCUUUCUCCUGCUCUCAGUGUGAAAAGAGUUUUACAUGUAAAGGAAGUCUUGAUUAUCAUUUGGUAUCUCACACUAAAGAAAAGGCUUUCACCUGCUCUCAGUGUGAAAAGACUUUCAGGUGUAAAGAAACCCUUGAGAAUCACAUUUUAGUCCAUGCUGGAAUAAAGCCUUUUACCUGCUCUCAGUGUGGAAACACAUUCAAACAUAAAGGAAGCCUUAAGACUCACAUGUUAAUUCAUACUGGAACAAGGCCUUUUGUCUGCACCCAUUGUGGAAAGCGUUUUACACAGAAAGGACAACUUAAUGAGCAUGUGCGAAUUCACACUUCAGAAAAGCCUUUCAGCUGCCCUCAGUGUGGAAAGACUUUCUCGCGUAAAGGAAGCCUGAAGUUGCACAUGUCAAUUCAUACUGGAAUAAAGCCUUUCUCCUGCUCUCAAUGUGGAAAGAGUUUUACAUGUAAAGGAAGUCUUGAUUAUCAUUUGGUAAAUCACAAUGAAGAAAAGGCUUUCACCUGCCCUCAGUGUGGAAAGACUUUCAGGUGUAAAGAAACCCUUGAGAAUCACAUUUUAAUUCAUGCUGGAAUAAAGCCUUUCACCUGCCCUCAGUGUGGAAAGACUUUCAAACAUAAAGGAAGCCUUAAGAGUCACAUGUUAAUUCAUACUGGAAUAAAGCCUUUCAUCUGCUCUCAAUGUGGAAAGUGUUUUACCCAUAAAGGACACCUUAAUGAGCAUGAGUUAACUCAUGCUUCAGAAAAGCCUUUCACCUGCCCUCAGUGUGGAACCAGUUUCACACGUAAAGGAAGCCUGAAGAAGCACAUGUCCAUUCAUACUGGAAUGAAGCCUUUUGUGUGCUCCCAGUGUGGAAAGAGUUUUACACAUGAAGGACACCUUAAUGAUCAUUUGGCAACUCACACUGACGGAAAGCCUUUCACCUGCUCUCAUUGUGACGAGACUUUUACGUGUAAAGAAACCCUUGAGAAUCACAGGUUAAUUCAUGCUGGAAUAAAGCCUUUCAGCUGUUCUCAGUGUGGAAACACUUUCAAAUAUAAAGGAAGUCUUAAGAGACACAUGCUAAUUCAUAUAGGAACAAGGGCUUUCGUCUGCUCCCAGUGCGGAAAGAGUUUUACACAUAAAGGACACUUUAAUGAGCAUGUGCUAAUUCACGCUUCAGAAAAGCCUUUCACUUGCUCUCAGUGUGCAAAAUCUUUCACGCGUAAAGGAAGUCUUAAGAAACACAUGUUAAUUCAUACUGGAAUAAGGCCUUUCACCUGCCCUCAAUAGCACAAAGUUCAUCUGCACCACUCUCACUCUGCCGUAAGGCAAUUUAACUGUGAUCAC